GCGUCACCACAAGUCACUCGGUCGAGAACGAGAGGCAGGGAUGAUGGCGUCUCUGGCGGGUUGACUCUCGGCAGCAUUGGCAAACACCUUUAUCAAACACAAAAAUGCAACGAGGGAAGAAAGUGGCAUAGGAGCGGGAUCACGACGAUGCGACGUCGCGGAUAACGGACAGGCAGAGACGGACAGACAGACGCCUUUACGUUGACGGGUUGAUUGACACGCCGUUUGGCACAGACACAUACACACAAACAUAGCUGGCUACAGUAACAGAGACGCGGAAAGAAAAAAAAAACAACAACAUCGGCGAGAAAGAAACAUUUCAUGUCGAGCUUGAAUAGUUUUAUCUGUUAACCCCCGGCGGAAAGGAGUUCGACCUGUCAGGAUGGGGGGAGUGACUGAGGGAGAUGACGUGCUGGCUCGUUGGAGUGAUGGAUUGUUAUACCUCGGCAAUGUUAAAAGAGUAGAUGGACUCAAACAGUGCUGCUUGGUUCGGUUUGAAGACAACUCUGAAUUCUGGGUUCUGAAGAAGGACAUUCACUCCUUUUCAGCUGGAAAAGAGGGAGUUUGCUCCGUGUGUGAUGCCCCGCCCCUCAAAGAACCGCUCGUGAACUGUCACAAGUGUCGCCAUGGAUAUCACCCUCAGUGCCACACACCUUCCAUCGAGCAGGAGGCCGACUGCAACGCCUGGAUAUGCCGGCAGUGCGUCUUUGCGGUUGCCACAAAGAGAGGGGGUGCCUUAAAAAGAGGACGAUUCGCCCGCCUCAUGCAGAUCAUGAAACUGAGGCUGCCCUAUCAGCUUUCGGCUUUGGACUGGGAUCCGCAGCAUCUGACCAAUCAGCAGCAGUGUUACUGCUACUGUGCCGGCCCUGGAGAGUGGAACCUGAAGAUGCUGCAGUGUGUUGGGUGUGGUCAGUGGUUCCACGAAGCCUGCACACAGUGUCUGACCAAACCACUGCUGUAUGGAGACAGGUUCUACCAGUUUGAGUGUUCGGUGUGCACAAAAGGACCAGAGACCAUUCAGAGACUACCCAUGAGCUGGGUAGAUCUGGCCCAUUUGGUGCUGUAUCACCUGUCCUUGUGUUGCAAGAGGAAAUAUUUUGACUUUGAUCAUGAGAUUCUCUCCUUCACCAAUGAGAACUGGGACUCCCUGUUACUUGGCGCGCUGUCUGACACCCCCAAACAGGAUCGCUGCCACAAUCUCCUCAAUGCAUUGAACUCCCACAAAGACAGGUUUGUGUCUGGGAAAGAGAUCAAGAAGAAAAAGUGUCUGUUUGGGCUUCAGGUCCGCGCUCCGCCUCCAUUGACCUCCGACCUUUCGCCUCUCAUCACCGAGCCCCCAAUCAGCAUCUCCCACAGGAGAAGCCCUCUGUCGGUGCUGUGUCAAAGGCGGGCGGCCAACCCGGAGUCGCGGAAAUCCAAACGACGCAUCGGGGAGACACAGCCCCGCCCUCAAGCUAUUGUGGCCAAUCCCCUUGACCUGACACCAUGUUUCCAUGGUUACAUGGGCGGAACCAACUUCUACAACUCCAGGAAAUCAGAGGAUGAGCUGAACUCUGGAUCCCCUCCGAAGCGGAUGUUUGCCCUCUACCACCCCUCCUACAACGGGACGCAGGGCCUGUCCAGAACUCUGCACCAUUACAGUGUGGAGGACCCCUGUAGCCUUCCCCCGCCCUGCCUUCCCUUCCCGCGGUCGCCCGCCCACCUGCCUGCACAGAAAGCGGACCCCUGCGCUCCGCUCUUCCUGCGUGAUGUCACAUCCUGUCCCGGUGGGGGCGGGGGCGGGGGUGGGGGUGGUGCGGAGGGGUCCAUGCUGGAGAGAGGGCGUGGCGGCGGGGAGGCCGUGAGGAUUUUGGCGAGACGAAUAACGCCGGACGGGAAAGUGCAGUAUCUGGUGGAGUGGGGGAACGUGAGCGUGUACUGACAGAGAGAGAGAGAGAGAGACGGACAGGGGAAGGGAGCGAGGGAGAGAGAGAG